AUGUUACUGACCCUUUCAUCAGGCACAGGGACAGUGGUGGGGUCGAUCCUGAUCGAUGGAGUUCUCUCUCUAAAUCAGGAGAUCUGCCUGAAUAUGUGGUCGGUGUGGUGUGCUGGGGAGGAGAAGCGGGUGGGGACACGCACCGUGGUGGUCGGGCACCGGCCCGUGUCGGACACCGAGGCGUGCGUGGCACAGAAGUUCUGCGACAACAGGAUCGUCUCCUCCAAGUACACCCUCUGGAAUUUCCUCCCCAAGAACCUUUUUGAGCAGUUUAGAAGAAUUGCCAACUUCUACUUCCUCAUCAUCUUCCUCGUACAGGUGAUAGUGGACACCCCAACCAGCCCCGUGACCAGUGGCCUCCCGCUCUUCUUUGUCAUCACUGUCACAGCUAUCAAACAGGGCUACGAGGACUGGUUGAGGCACAGAGCUGACAACGAAGUGAACAAAAGCAACGUCUUUGUUGUGGAAAAUGCAAAGCAAGUGCGGAAAGAGAGUGAAAAAAUCAAGGUUGGAGACAUAGUAGAAGUGAAAGCAGAUGAGACCUUCCCCUGUGACUUGAUAUUUUUGGCCUCCAGCAGCACUGAUGGGACCUGUUAUGUGACUACAGCGAGCCUUGAUGGCGAGUCCAAUUUCAAGACUCACUACGCGGUGCGCGACACCACCGUGCUCUGCACUGACGAAGCCAUCGACACCCUCACCGCCACAAUCGAGUGUGAGCAGCCACAGCCUGACCUCUACAAAUUUGUUGGAAGAAUUAUCAUCUACAGAAGUAACCAAGAGCCUGUAGCCAGGUCUUUGGGUCCUGAAAACCUGUUGUUGAAAGGUGCUACCCUCAAAAACACCAAGAAGAUUUAUGGAGUUGCAGUCUAUACUGGAAUGGAAACAAAAAUGGCUCUCAACUACCAAGGGAAAUCUCAGAAACGGUCUGCAGUAGAAAAAUCUAUCAACGCUUUCUUGAUAGUGUAUUUGUGCAUCUUGUUGGGCAAGGCCACUGUGUGCACGACUCUGAAAUACGUCUGGCAGAGUAAUCCAUUUAAUGAUGAGCCUUGGUACAAUGAAAAGACCAAAAAAGAGAGAGAGACCUUCAAGGUCUUGCGGAUGUUCACGGACUUCCUGUCGUUUAUGGUCCUCUUCAAUUUCAUUAUCCCUGUCUCCAUGUACGUUACAGUGGAGAUGCAGAAGUUCUUGGGCUCCUUCUUCAUCUCCUGGGACAAGGAGAUGUACGAUGAGGAAAUACAAGAGGGAGCGUUGGUGAACACCUCGGACCUGAACGAGGAGCUCGGGCAGGUGGAGUACGUGUUCACAGACAAAACAGGGACACUGACAGAGAACAGCAUGGAGUUCAUCGAGUGCUGCAUCGACGGGCACAAGUACAAAGACUGCCUUUCAGAGGUGGAUGGCUUCUCCCAGACCGAUGGACCCCUCAAAUACUACGGCAAGGCUGAGAAGAGCCGAGAGGAGCUGUUCCUGAGAGCCCUCUGCCUGUGCCACACGGUUCAGAUCAAGGAGGCAGACCAGGUGGAUGGGCUGAUGGCACACCCAGAGCGCAAAUACACCUAUAUCUCCUCUUCCCCAGAUGAAAUCGCUUUGGUGAAAGGUGCAGAAAAGUAUGGUUUCACUUUUCUAGGACUUGAAAACAAUUUCAUGAAAAUACGAAACCAAAAGAAUGAAACUGAGAUGUACCAACUCCUCCAUGUGCUGAACUUCGACCCCGUGCGGCGCCGUAUGAGUGUCAUUGUGAGAACCAGCACAGGAAAGUUGCUUCUCUUCUGUAAAGGAGCAGACUCCUCUAUUUUUCCAAGGGUGCAGCAAGAAGAAAUCCAACAAACAAAAGUCCACGUGGACCGCAAUGCUAUGGAUGGCUACAGAACACUCUGUGUGGCCUUCAAAGAGCUGACUGAGAAGGAGUAUGACAGAAUUGACAGACAGCUCAGUGAAGCCAAGAUGGCUCUGCAGGACAGGGAGGAGAAGAUGGCCAAGGUUUUUGACGACACAGAAGCCGACAUGCACCUGAUUGGGGCUACUGCUGUAGAAGACAGGCUGCAGGAGCAGCUGGCAGAGACCAUCGAAGCCCUGCACGCAGCUGGCAUGAAGGUUUGGGUGCUGACAGGAGACAAGAUGGAAACUGCCAAAUCCACCUGCUACGCCUGCAGGCUCUUCCAGACCAGCACCGAGCUGCUGGAGCUGACGGCGAGGACGGUGGGCGAGAGCGAGAGGAAGGAGGAUCGGCUCCAUGAGCUGCUGCUGGAGUACCACAAAAAGCUGAUUCAGGAUGUUCCCAAAAACCGGGGAGGCCUGAAGAGAAGCUGGACGUUGAGUCAAGAAUAUGGACUGAUUAUAGAUGGCUCGACGCUGUCGCUGAUACUCAACCCCUCUCAGGACUCUGGCUCUAGCAAUUACAAGAGCAUAUUCCUGCAGAUCUGCCUGAAGUGCACUGCAGUCCUCUGCUGCCGGAUGGCCCCGCUGCAGAAAGCACAGAUUGUGCGAAUGGUGAAGAACACAAAAGGAAGCCCAAUAACCCUGUCCAUAGGGGAUGGUGCAAAUGAUGUCAGUAUGAUUUUGGAAGCACAUGUUGGAAUAGGGAUAAAAGGCAAAGAAGGACGUCAGGCCUCCAGAAACAGCGACUAUGCUGUGCCAAAGUUUAAACAUUUAAGAAAACUGCUACUAGCACAUGGGCAUUUAUAUUAUGUGAGAAUAGCACACCUUGUACAGUAUUUCUUCUAUAAGAACCUUUGCUUCAUUUUACCGCAGUUUUUAUACCAGUUCUUUUGUGGAUUCUCACAGCAGCCACUGUAUGAUGCUGCUUAUCUGACCAUGUACAACAUCUGCUUCACAUCGCUGCCUAUCCUGGCUUACAGCCUCCUGGAGCAGCACAUCAGCAUCGACACGCUGACCUCGGACCCUCAGCUCUACAUGAAGGUGUCGGAUAAUGCCAUGCUGCAGUGGAGGCCAUUCCUGUACUGGACCUUUCUGGGCGCCUUUGAAGGACUUGUGUUUUUCUUCGGGGUUUAUUUCCUUUUUCAAAACUCAUCGUUGGAAGAUAACGGAAAGGUGUUUGGGAACUGGACCUUUGGGACAAUUGUUUUCACCGUGCUGGUGUUCACCGUCACUCUCAAGCUAGCGUUAGAUACCCGAUUCUGGACGUGGAUGAACCACUUUGUGAUUUGGGGCUCCCUUGCUUUCUAUGUGUUUUUCUCAUUCUUUUGGGGAGGAGUCAUUUGGCCUUUCUUGAAGCAGCAAAGAAUGUAUUUUGUAUUUGCUCAUAUGCUGACUUCUGUUUCCACAUGGCUGGCAAUAAUUCUCCUGAUUUUUAUCAGCCUUUUCCCAGAAAUUCUUCUAAUAGUUUUAAAAAAUAUAAAAGAGAAAAAUCAUCAGGCUGGCCCCUUCGAUCUGCCCGUGUUAGUGUCAUACAAACGUAUAGAGAAUGGUUAUGUGAAGGCUGAAGAUGCUGUCACUAAUUUGGCAGAAAGAUAUCCUCUCAGGAUACCUUAAAGUGCUCCACCCCAACACUGCAGAUUGUCAUGCUGUAGGAGAGCCGUGGUUUUACCCUGGCAGUGACCUUUGAUGUACCAAGACCUGUGAGCAGCCGGGGCACUGGCCCCACGGUACCCGUUAGUCUUUGGUCUCAUGGCUUCCCUGCCCUCCCAGAAAAACCAAUUCUGCCAAAUCCUGCAUCGCUGGAGGCUGAGAAAGCAUCUUUAGGCAUUCACCCCAAGCAGCAUGGAUUGAAGUGCAGGAGUGCAGUGCCAGCCCCAUUUCACACGGGGGCUUCCUCUGCCCGCUGCAGAUCUGUCUGAGAGCUGCUCAAAGCUCUUGCUCUGCCUGACCAAAGAAGUAGCACAGACUUCAACCCAGAAACAUUCCCCUCCAGCCCCUGAAGGCACUGGCAGGAGGCUGCUCCCCUCACACAGAAGGUGAUGCAGCCCUGCAGCCCGUCCCAGCCGUGCUUCCCAGGUGCACACGGCAGGAUCAGCCGAAAAUUUGGGAGAAAUCUUCGCUGUUCCCUCCUCCAGGUGGAGCUGGAAGCCAUCUGUGCUCUGUCCACAGCAGCUGUCCGUGUGAAGAGCUGCAGUGCUGGGAAGUGCCAGAGCAUCCUCCCACAGCCGCUUUGCUGCUGGGUUAAUUCCUGCUGGAGGGUGAAGAAGAGGUUUUGUGGCUGUCUGUGAUGGAAGGGAGCUUUCAUGGGGGAGAAAGGAAUCCCACAAGUUGUGCUGUGGCAGACUCUGAGCCCCAGUGGCCAGGCUCCCGUGGCUGUGCUUACAUUACUGCACUGUGCAGUUGCUCCAACACUUUGAAGGCCUGAGGGACAGUGUAGUCCUUGCUGAUCCCAGGGACACGGGCUGUGCCUGUGAACCUGCAGGUGUACAAAACUGCAUCUUGAAUUAUUUGCACUAAGAAAAAAAGAAGACAGUUUAAAAUUGAAUACAUGAACCUGAUUUCAUUUUACAUUUUAUUUGUUUUUAAAUUGGCAUGUUCUUUUUAAAUCUACCUGUACCAUGGUUGUAGGAACUUUCCUCUUUAGGUUCUGCACAGCAAAGGUGAGAUGCCUGACUCUCAAUAUUUUUUUUUUUUUCUCUGAUACUUUGUACGUGGAAAGAUCAGCUUUUUCUGUUGUGUUAAGUCAUGAGCAGUGACAGAGCAGCCUGUGUGCCACAGGUUGGUGUGACAGCCCCUCCCUCGUGCUGCUGUCCCCCAGAGCAGCUCUGAGAGAAGCUUCGAGGCUCAUUUCAGGAGCAGCGAGCUCUGCGCCUGUGGCUCGCGCUCGCUCGGGCUUUGUCACGCACGUACAGCAGAACAGUUUGGGACUGGACUGAACAUUCCCCCAGCCAGUUUUGUCGAGCUGCAGGUUGUUAAUUUUUGUAAGAAUGCAGUCCUGCUCUCUGGCUGCCAUCCCUGCGGUUCGGAGCGGUGCGGAUCAGCUGCCGGCGAAUCCUCCGGUGCACGGUGGGCUUUGGCCGGGCCUCGGCUGAGUGGAGAGGGGAGUGCUCGGUGCCAGCAGGGAGGGGACAGAUGGACAGGACACUGGACCAUCCACUCUGCACUGGCCACACGUGGUGUCUGUGCCGUGGCAGCGAGCACUCCUCGCAUGCGAGUCGGGAGCUGCACUGCCAGCAUGUGUCCCCUGGGCAAAGCUUUGUUCCCUCCUUCCCUUUCUCUGUUUUCCCAGCUCAUUUCACAGACCUAGCGUUCAACUUGCAGACCUUGUCCUGUUCUCAAUUUGCUGAAAUGUGGUGCCUACAGAUCAAGUAUACGACAAAUACGAUGAAGAUAUGCUCUAUAUGCCAAAUCUAACCAUUCUCCUUAAAUAUACAGUUGCUGACUUGUGUUUACAUAACCUUUCAAAAAUGGGCGCUAAAAUGCCUAAUUCCUGUGAUUCAAAACCAUUCCAAGCCCAAAUGGUCCCAAGCCUGAUGCCUUGCUUCUCAGUUUGUUUUGUGUCAUGCUCUACUCCAAGGGUCAAAGUCUGUUCCUCUGGAAUUCCAUUGUGGGAACAGUGAAGCUCAGCGUGUGUGUGAACUGUCCAAAUAGUCACAUAAACGGGAUAAUUUCUGCUGCCUGUCUCAGGACAGAGCCUUCUGAGAACCAAAUCUUUCUCUUGGCAUUUCCAAGUGUCCUGUCUCCAGCUGGAAGAAGCCACUGCAGUAGCUGUAUGUUCAAACCCAAGGUGUGUUUGCUGACAGGUGGGGUGGAAUUCACAUGGAGUGUCUUGUAAUAGCAGCUUAUUUUGGGGAAAAUGCAGUUUUCCUUGGGCUUGGAUCUUCAGCCAGUGCACUGGUGCAGUGCUGGGUGCCAGGACAGCCCGGCUGCCCUGGUCCUGCAGAGGACAAAAACAAAAUUCCUAUUGCUGUGGGUGACUUGGGGAAUCAGGGGAUGCCCUCUGAGGUCAGAGAGGGGAAGCAGAAGUGGUGGUAGGGGCUGUAAGGUGUGAGGCAGCAGGGUUGGAGAGGCAGGAGUGGGACAGGAGGCUGUGGUGGGUGCUCGUGUUCCCUGAGCACGCUCCCGGUGCUCAGUGAAAGGUCAGUAAAGGCUUCUCGGUGGAGAAACUUGAAGGAAAAAAGGCUGGGGUUUGCUCAUAAUAAUUUGUUGAAGUUUUAUCACUGACUAGUGACACUGAAAGAUAAGGAAAGUAAUUAAGAUUCCCUCUAAAACUCUCAUGUGAUAACAGUGGAGCUUGGUGUAGUCGUAGCGACUUCUCAAAAACUAAUCCUAAUUGUUAUGAGAAUAUUAUAAAUGACUUGGAAUUGCAUAAAAGCUUCAAAUUGAAUUUGUAUACACACAGUUGAGAAACUUUCCUAAUACUGCACCAUUUAUCCAGUUUCCCAGCUACAAAUUUUUUUAAAAAACCAUGUAGUGUAUAGAAAAUGUAAAUUAUAUACAGGCAACGAGCAGAUACAUUUUCAGCUUCUUGCAAAGAAAAAGGACUGCAACCUUACAUUUUUUCACUUAAAUGCAAUUUUAUACAUUUAUGUUGCUUUAUAUCAAGGAAAUUGAAUGUGAAUGUUACCUUUUAUGAAUGCAACUUGCUCUUUUUUCAUUACAGAAACUUUUGUUUGAAGUAAUCAAUAAACUUUGGUAUGUUGUUCUGAUU